GGCGCUGUGACAACACACACUGACAGGAAACGGCAGUCUGAGCUGGAUGAACCGGGCCAGCACAGUUAACGAGUACAAACUCAGAGCUCCUUCUGCUCCUCCGGUACUUCUCCGGUGCUGCUCCUCCGGUGAUCCUCCGGUGCUCCUCCGGUUGGCUCACGAUGGCCGGCACCGCGCUGAAGAGACUCAUGGCGGAGUAUAAACAGCUGACUCUGAACCCACCUGAGGGAAUUGUUGCAGGUCCGGCCAACGAGGAGAACUUCUUUGAAUGGGAGGCUCUCAUCAUGGGUCCUCAGGACACUUGUUUUGAAGGAGGAGUUUUUCCAGCCGUCCUCAGUUUCCCGUCUGAUUAUCCUCUCAGUCCUCCCAAGAUGAGAUUCACCUGCGACAUGUUUCACCCCAACAUCUAUCCGGACGGGCGCGUGUGCAUCUCCAUCCUCCACGCUCCGGGCGACGACCCGAUGGGAUACGAGAGCAGCGCUGAGCGGUGGAGUCCGGUCCAGAGUGUGGAGAAGAUCCUGCUGUCUGUGGUUAGCAUGCUAGCAGAGCCGAACGAUGAGAGCGGAGCGAACGUCGACGCCUCGAAGAUGUGGCGCGAGGACCGAGAGCAGUUCUACAAGCUGGCCCAGAAGAUCGUACGCAAGUCGCUCGGCCUGUAGAGACGAGCUGCGUGAGUCACUCUGUUCGCUUUUCAUCAGCAGACGGACGCUCGGAGAACUAAACCCACCAACAUGCACGACUGACUGUCCCUCGUUACCAUGGAAACACACACACACACACACACACACACACACACACACACACAGACAGAGCGUGAGAGAGGCACAGAUCAAUAAACUGAUAGAUGGGCGACCGGGAGCCGAAAACAGCAGCAGGUUUUAUUUGAAUCCAUUUUAAUUGUAAAUGUUUGUAGGAGACGUCAGCGGAGAGAAAGAAAGGGUCAUGUGAUCAUUCUCACUGCGGCUUCAUCAUCAUCAUCAUCAUCAUCAGUGUUUCAACCUGCCUGAGAAUCAAAACAUUAAAGUAAAAUAAUGAGCUGAUUCACAGACGGUUUGACUCCAUGUUAACUCAUCUGCUCAGGCCGGUUUAGAAACAGGCCCAUAAUAAAUAAAUCCUGCAUGAAAAAAAUCCUCUAACAGUAAAAAUACAAAAAUAUCGGUUUUCAGUUUUUGGACUUUUUCUUUAAUCUUUGAUUUUGGCUGAAAUUUUGGAUCAUUUGAACAUUUAUUGAUUGUUAAUGCAUUUUAAAAAGCUUGUUAUAUUAUCCAUUCUGUCAAAUCUGCAUCUGAA